AACAAACGAUGGCGGAAGUCUCCCGAGCCCUAACUUUUUCUGCUGGGCGCAGAAACAACCCCGCCGAGAGCAACUGCAAACUCCAACCACUUCCUCUUUGCUCCCUCCCCGCACCCGCCUUCUUUCCCUGGUUUCCGGCUUUCCACCAAUCUGGGAGGCUCCCCAAAGCGACCAAUCAGGAAGCUCCCUGUAGAACGCCACCAAUCAUUAGUUGGAGGCGGGAAAUUUAAGCGUUCCGGAGGUGGACAGUCUGAGUUCAUUUUGAAAACUGGGCGUUUCCGGUUUGGGAGGAAAAGCGGCGUUUUUAGAAUUUUAAUUUUCUUUUGAUAAUUUUCCUAGAUCCUUUUUUGUUAGGGAAGUCUAUUUCGCAGAAUAGGAUGGCAUCUUCAUCAGUUCCUGAUCGGUACAGAAGGGAUGCAAGCACAGAAAUGAUAAGAACCAAAGUUGCUCGCCGGAAAUCGGUUACGUGGAAGGAAAACAGAUAUAAGAAAUUUGAACAGAAUAGACACUUUGGUUUAAUAGAUGUCAAUACCACAGCUUUAGAAGACAGGAAUCUUCCUCCACUGGAUGAGACCAUUGAGAACUUUUUGGAAAAGGAAACUGUCAAACCAAAGUUAACUAUGAAUAGUCUACGCCAGAUGUUGAGUGAUCAGCGAAAGGAGAUGCUUCAGCAGUAUAAAGAGAAAAAGCUGCUUCUGAAAAUGAAAGAACAGCGAGAGAAAGCCCGAGGAGCAGUAUUUAAAGUCGGGCUUUAUAAACCUGACCCACCGCAGUUUCUUAAAACUCUUCCAGUGACAGUGAAGACAGUGAAAUCUGAACCAAAGAAGGUUAUUCAGACCUCUGUACGGAUCACAAGGUCAAAGGCCAAGGACCAUGUGGAGCAGCCAAAGAUCUAUGUUGACCAGGUCAAUAAUGGGCACAAUAUGGAAGCAGUCCAAUCUAGCCAGAAGCCAACUUCUGAACACCAUUCUGGCAAAGAAAGGAAAGCUCUACAAGAUAUGAGAGUGACUAGAUCAGCAGCAAAGCAGAUUACUAAAUUAGCUUCAUCUCUUCCAGUGAGAAGGCCAGUGCCAAAACUUGUUAAUGAAAACCAACUAGAAAGAAAAGCACCAACUGAAGAAAGACCUCCUCCAAAGAUUGAACUUAAAGCUAACAAAAUAAAGGAUCUUCCUUCCAAAUUUGGUGGGGAAGAAAAUUCAUCAAAGGACCCACUUACUGAAGGACUGUCUCAUAAAUCUGGAAAAUCGCCAACAGAAGAAAUUGCUGAAUUUCUUGGAAAAGACUACUUAUCAGAGAUAAAUGUUGCUUCCCAAGUGAGAGGGAAAUCUUCCUUUGCACCUGAAAAUUUUGUAUUUCAACCACUAGAUAAUCUAGUGAACUACAAAAUGAAAAUUUUUUCCCCAGUAAAAAACCAAACUUGUGAGACACCUGGUUUUUUAUGGAAUCCUUUACAAAUUAAUGAUGAUCAUUUACAGGAAAUGAAAAGAGAAACUCUGAAAGAAAGUACAACUCACUCUAAUGCCCCAGUUCCUCAGGAUUUGAUUGAUUUGCAAAGUCCUCCAAGAUCGCAAGAAAUCAUGAAUAAAGAUCUUUCAAAUAAAAAUGGAGAUACUAAAAUAGAUUCACGUAACCUUCCAUUGAGUUCACCUAUCCCUUUGUUUGAAAUAAAUGAACAUCAAGCAGCACCACCACAACAUGAUGUAGCAUAUUUCAGACAUAUUCUUCAAUCAGAAACUGAGAGAUUAACAGGAUUCUGCCAUGAAUGGGAAAAUAAACUAACACUGGAUAUUCCUGAUGAUGCCAAAGAUCUCAUUCGCACAACAAUAGGUCAAACAAGGCUCCUUAUAAGUGAAAGAUUCAAACAGUUUGAAGGAUUGGUGAAUGAUUGUGAGCAUAAUUGUGGUCAAAAGAAGAUUACUUGCAUGGAUCUGGAUGGAUUUUGGGAUAUGGUUAAUUUUCAAGUAGAAGAUGUGAACAAAAAGUUCGAAAAACUGAGUAAGCUCCAGGAAUCAGAAUGGCAGGAAAAAAAUACCAUAAAUCAAAAAGUUAUUCGGAAGAAAGCUCUCCCAGUUGAAAAGUGCAAAUCAAAACAGGAUGAAGCUGCAAGAACUGCAGCUCGAAAUCGUCUGGCUGCUCUAAAAGCUUCAAUGAGAGAAAAACUUAAGCAGGAAGAACCUACAUUUGAGAUAGUAGCUCCCAUGGUGUCAAAAGCAAAGGAAAUUGACAAGAUAGUUUUUGAUGCUGGAUUUUUCAGAAUUGAAAGCCCAGUUAAAUCAUUCUCAGCCAUCAAUGCAUCCAAAGAGACUGUAUGUAGCAAAUCAGAUGAUCCAAUUGAACACAAAACACCUGGGAAUAAGAAAUUAAAUCUUCUUGAAGAAAACUAGAAUUGUAUGUUUUCCCCUCCACUAUAUCACUAAUGUUAAAAAAAAAAAAAAAAAAAAAAAAAAA